AUGACACCAGGUUUGGUGUACGAUAUUGCGCCGAGUGAUUACGAAGCUUCUCUUUGCACAAUUGGGUACACAGAAACACAGAUGAAGCUCUUCGUCAAGGAUGGUAGAAAGGUUGAUUGCGAUUCCGUCAGGUUAUCUGGUCCAGGCGAUCUAAACUAUCCUUCAUUUUCUGUUGUCUUUGAAUCCGGAAGAACUCAAACGGUUAAGUAUAAGAGAGUGGUUACAAAUGUUGGAACUUCAGCAGAUGCAGUUUACAAAAUUAGAAUUAGAUCUCAAACACCGUAUGUUAAAAUUCGUGUUUCACCAGCUAAACUUGUGUUUAGUAAUGGUAUAACAAGUUUGCCUUAUGAAAUCACAUUCGAGUCAUCGGGACCAACAAAUCUAAAAAAGGCAUUCGGGUCAAUUGAAUGGUAUGAUGGAGUACAUGUUGUAAGCAGUCCCAUUGCUUUUGUCUGGGGUACUGCUACUACUUCUACAAGCUUGGUUUCUUUUGUUUAG